CAUGUACUGUAAACACCGAGAAGAAGAGCAGCAACAAAAUACGGAAAUACUUCAUGCGUGCUAGUUAGGUUAGUGUGCUGAAUGAAUAAUAUAAGAAUGUUGUUUACUUCGACCAAUCGGUUUUGACUGACAGCUGAAGCGGAGCCUCAUAAAUAUCAAGAAGUGGCUUUAAGUAAGAAACAGCGGAUACUGACAACAAUGUUCAGUAAGUCGUAUGAGCUGCUCCCUCAGAGGGACUCUUCUGCACCGCGGACUCCUGGCCUGUUUGUGGACUCUGACAGCUUCACACAGCCCAGAUACCACAAAGGACUUUCAUUUGACUACAUCCCCAAUGUUUCUGAAAACGACUUCACUGAUACCUCCCAAGGAUGGCUGUCCUGGAUUUGCAACCUGGUCGUCAUCUUUCUCGUCUACAUCUGCACCUUUAUAACCUUCCCUAUAACAGGAUGGUUCGUACUGAAAAUGGUGCCGAACUACCAGAGGAUAGUAGUGUUUCGUCUGGGGCGGAUUUGUCCUCCAAAGGGCCCUGGUAUUGUCCUUGUGCUGCCCCUCAUUGACCAGUGGCAGAGAGUAGAUCUGCGCACCCGAGCUUUCAACAUCCCUCCCUGCCAGGUGAUCACUCGGGAUGGUGGUGUGUUGUCGGUGGGAGCAGACAUCCAGUUCAGGAUCUGGAACCCUGUCAUGUCAGUAGUAUCAGUCCAGGACCUGAAUGCUUCAACCCGGAUGACAGCACAGAACGCUUUGACCCACAGUCUGGGUAAAAAGACUGUCCGGGAGAUCCAAACUGAGAGGGUUAAACUGGGAGAAUAUCUCGGGAUGGACAUUAAUGAGAUGACUAAGCCCUGGGGGUUGGAGGUGGACAGGGUAGAGCUUACCCUGGGCUCUCUCUUGAAAGCUCCAGAAGAGGGCCCCUCAGGACCUCUCAUCAUGCCUCCCUCUGUGCCUGGAUUGGAAGGCCUCACCGGCCCCAUCCAGCAGCUGGCCAUGCACUUUCUGAGCCACAGCAAUUCACAGCCUCAACAAGAAGACAGCAUAACUUUUACAGAUGAGCUCAGCAGUGUCCCUCAGGCUGUCGUGGCCACACCAAACUCUGUCGAAGAGCUGCUCGGCAGUGUCAAGCUUGUGCUCUCUGAAACUUUGGUCUGCCAGGUCGGGGCCUGUUUCCAGUUUGACAUCAGCUUGAGAGAUGGACAACAUCGCAGUUACUAUUUGGAUUUAAGCCAAGGCAGCGGUGCCGUUGGAGCAGGGUCCUUGUGCCGAGAGCCAGACGUGACUCUGAGUAUGAGUGACAGCGACCUUGUGGCCAUGCUCCAGGGCCAGCUACGACCAUUUGCUGCAUACGCCAGUGGCAGACUUAAAGUCCAAGGAGACAUAAAGACUGCCAUGAAGUUGGAAGAACUCAUAAACCUGCUUAAGAAAUAGUGUGCAUAGUAAAAUUUGUUGAUGUAUUUAUUAAGUCCUUAAUUGUAAUUGUUAAGUAGAUGUUUUUUGUGUUUGCACUGAUUAUAUUUGUUAUGAACUGAGUUUCUGUGA